AUGGAACGAAGCCUCGAGCCUGAGCGCCUGGCACGAGGUGCACCCUUGGAUGCAGAGCCUGCUUGCCUCUCAGUCCUCAGCUACAACCUGCUGGCACCAGCGUUUGUCCGACCUAUUGACCUGCGAACUGGGGCUGUGCAGCCUUUCGCGGCCUUCGAGUGGGCUUCAGCAGAGGACCUCGAGUGGGAGCUGAGGAGGAAGCGACUGCUCAAACAGCUGGAAAGCUGGCAUGCUGAUGUGGUUUGCCUUCAGGAAGUGCAGUUUGAGGCUUCGCCGGAUGGCUCCUUUGCAUUGCCAGCCUGGCUGACGGGGCUUGAGAACUACACCGCAUGUAUCCCGGCAGAGAAGUACCUGACACUCAUCGCAGAGCGGAAUGAGCGGGUCCUGGCAAACAAGGUUGCCAUUGGCUGUGCAGUUCUCUUCCGAAGCGACCGCUUGAUGCAGCCCUCCGACGCGGAGAGUUUUGGAGACCCAAACACCCUGGUCUCGGCAUGCUUGCAGGGUUGCCCGGAGUCACCUUUGGCAGCACUGGGGAAGACGGCCUUCUUCUCCGUCCACUUGGAUGCCCAGAGCGAGGAGAAGAGGGUUGAUCAGCUCCGCAAGUGCCUGGAAAAAGCACGGGCUUUGGGCACUCGGCAGGUGCUCUUCGCCGGUGACCUGAACACCGAGUGCCGUCCCGGCUCCUGCAUUGCAGCCUUCAUCUCAGACGAAACUCCAUCGGAGGAGGAGAUGGCCCGUGAGUGCGCAUCGGCCUUGCGCAUCGCAGGCAGCGAGGACGGCGACGACGAGACCCCAACUGACAGCAAAGAGACGGCAGGGGAAAACGGGGAGCCCUCUUCAGAGCAGCUGGAGCAGUGGCGGCUGCUCUGGCAGAAGGCAGCGAGGUCUCCAGCUGAACACCGCGUCAACCUUUCGCGUGUGCCCACCGGGGCUACGCGUUCGGCCUAUGACCACGGGAAAACCGAGGGUCCGUGCGUCACCUGGAAACUGGAUCACAUCUUGCACAGCCCCGAGACGCUCCAGCUCCGACAACUGUGGACAACCUUGGAGGAAGAUGAGGCGGCCUCUACCAGCGGCUUGCCGAACGGAGAGAACCCGAGCGACCACCUUCCUGUUGCUGCCGUAUUCCAGGUGUCUCCGCCACCUGCACUGGACGAAGAUGCGAGGCAGGCGCUGCUCAGCCGCCUCGGCGACUUAGAGGCGCGGCAUGCGGCAGAGCUCCGCGACCUGGAGGAGGAGCUAGCCAAGCUGGAGCCUGCAGCAGAGGCCAUGCCGGAGGCGGGCUAUGCCAAGGCCAAGAGCAAAAAGAAAGGUGAUUCCCCCGAGAUGAUCGCCUUUAAGCAGGAAAAGCGCCGACGACAAAAAGAGCUGAAGGGCAGGCAGGCCGUGGAUCGCCAGGAGUUUGUCAGAGUUCUGGGAGACCUUGAGCUAGAUGUUAUGGAAGAAGCGAGCUGUUCGGGUGAUUGGCUGGAGACGGGAGCCCGUGGCAAACCGAAGCGAUAG